ACUCCCACUCUUCCCCCAUCAACACAAGCAAGCAUCAGUUCCUUCGGUACCGUAGCUGUAAGCAACGCAGCAAGAAGCAUAGACCAUGGCAGCUCCAGCCAAGGCAUCGUGGAUGGUGGCGAUGAGCGUGGGCACUGUGGAGGCGCUCAAGGACCAGGCCGGGCUCUGCCGCUGGAACUACACGCUCAGGUCCAUCCACCGGGCAGCCAAGGCCAACGUCCGCAGCGGCGUCUCGCAGGGUAACAAGCAGCUGCCUGCCUCAGUGUCCGCCGUGGCCGAGAGGCGCCCAGCGGAGAAGGCCGAGGAGGGGCUGAGGACUGUCAUGUACCUUAGCUGCUGGGGCCUAAAUUAGGAGUGGUAGUAGCUAGGAGUGUUGUGUUUGUUGCAGCAAGCAACUUAGUAUUACUAAGCAUCCAUGGGCUGAGACUUGGCUCUGGUUGACCCCUGAUCGGUUUGUAAAGAUACCAGGACGAUGAUGAUGAUGAAAAUUUUGGCUAUGAGUUCAUAAUUUCUAUCA